AUGCCAGUCCGGCGGGCCGCAUCGGCCGACAUCCCCGUCAUGGCCACGGUUCUCGCAGCAGCUUUCGGGCCAGAUCGUAUGUUCCAGGUCUUAUUUCCUUUCAAACAGCAGCACCCGGCGGAUUUUGAACGGGCGCUGCGUGAAAGCCUGUGGCUGUCGUGGUACGACUAUCGGAAGGUGUUGAUGGUCUCGUAUAAGCCCAACACCGAUGAGGUGACGCGUAUCGAGGCACCCUCGGAUGGUGGGGAGCGACAAGCUCUGAUACUAGGAUCAUCGUCGACAGCCAACUCCGAGCCGUCUAUCCAGACGGACGGCGAGACCAUCACCGGCAUCGCUGAAUGGGAGCGAGCCGGUGAGGGAUCAUUCCACGUCUGUGGACUCUGGGGAUGGUGGGACCCGCGUCGUUUACUGAAGCCCCUCCUGUCCAUAUUCUAUCGCCUCCGACGGCUUAUAUUCCGCAACAAAGCCGCCGUCCGUCCCACUCUGGAGAAUCCUCGACCGCUUACGUACUGGACGAUGGGUCCGGCGCUCAAACCAUUUAGCAUACAGUUCAUGAACGCCCCGCACCGGCAGACGCACUGGUCGCUUGAUAUUCUGGGCGUGCAUCCAGAUUUCCAGGGGCGCGGGUUCGGGAGGGAGCUGGUGGAGCACGGGCUGGAGAUGGCGCGGUCGGAUCCAAUAGGCGAUGUUCCUGCGUGCGUCAUGUCCGCGGACGGCAAAGAAGCAUUCUACCAAAAGUGCGGCUUCGGAGACCUUAUUGGGUACGUGAGUAAGGUUGAGGACGACAAAGGGAGGGAGAAUCCGCUGAGGAGGCAUGGAGUAGGUGGUGGGGCGGUAUUAUGGACUAAGUGA